AUGAUAGAUACAGUUCCACUCAUCGCUUCGCUGAAUAGCGAGAACGAAGUACAUCUUCUGGUUGGCACGCACUCUCUAAAUCUCACGGUCAAUAGGGCACGCGCCAUUGUAGAAAGCGGAGCUUUUGCAACAAUCGUGGGUCCUUCUAAAAGCUCUGACGUCGAAGUGUUACGCAAGAGAUUCGCCGGCGAAUCUCGAGUAUCAGUGCUGGAGAACGCUUUUGAGCUGCAGCAUCUGAUGACUCUGGGACGGCCAAUCGUAGCUAAGAUUGUUGAUCGUGUUUUUGUGAGUCUCGCCCACGAGCAGGCACUUGUGAUGCAAGACAUUUACCAACAGUGCGUCAAGCUUCGAAUUCCUAUCAAUACUUCCCAAAGGCCGGAGUUUUCAACUUUCAGUCCUAUCUCCACUUUUACAGACCCUGCCCAGAGCGGUCUGCAAAUCGCUGUGACCACCAACGGGCAGGGUUGUCUCUUGGCUAACCGCAUCAAGCGUGAAAUUGUGUCGAAUCUGCCCGCUAAUAUUUCACAAGCUGUCAUCAACAUGGGUAAUCUACGAGACCGUAUCAUAAACGAAGACAAUACCAGUCUAAUUUCAGGCUACUAUCUCAACAAAGACUUGCAAGACUUAGGAUAUGGUGUUGAUGAAGAUAACUGGGACAGUCACAGGUUAAACAAACUUGUUCACGAAUUUGGGAUGAGUGAGAACGAAAAAAAGUUGAAAAGAUCCAGAUGGCUAUCUCAAAUCAUGCAGUACUAUCCAUUGACUCAGCUGGCCAACGUCUCCAUUUCCCAAUUGGCUGAUAACUAUAUGAAUUCCCAAGACAAGCCCGCUGAAAACAGUUCAAUGCCACCUGGCGCCGACAAUAGUCAGAAGGAGUUGGUGGAGCAAGAUGGUACUCAAAACUCUCAAAGUAAGGUAGCACUUGCAUCAUCUCUUGGAAGAUGUCGAAAUAAAGAAAAUGGUACCAUUUCUCUUGUGGGUAGCGGUCCUGGUUCAGUUUCCAUGUUGACACUAGGUGCUCUUCACGAGAUUAAGACGGCUGAUUUGAUUUUGGCUGACAAACUGGUACCAGAAACUGUUCUGGCGCUGAUACCAAAGGAAACCGAGACUUUCAUCGCCAGAAAGUUCCCAGGAAAUGCUGAAAGAGCGCAACAAGAGUUACUAGAAAAGGGUCUGGCCGGUCUACAAGAAGGCCGGAAAGUAGUAAGGCUCAAACAAGGUGACCCUUACAUUUUCGGUAGGGGAGGUGAGGAGUUCUUAUUUUUCUCCGAGCAUGGAUACGUCCCACAAGUACUGCCCGGGUUGAGUUCUUCUCUGACAGCAACAGUCGUAUCUAAGAUCCCAGCCACUCAGAGAGACGUGGCUGACCAAGUUCUUAUUUGCACGGGUACUGGGCGUAAAGGGGCCUUGCCGCAAAUCCCAGAGUAUGUCGUUUCAAGGACCACGGUCUUUUUGAUGGCUCUACACAGAUCUGAUGUUCUGAUAGGAGCACUUUUAAAGCAGAAUUGGGAUCCGGAAGUACCAGCCGCCAUCAUUGAGCGUGCGUCAUGCCCCGAUCAAAGAAUUACUAGAACUUUACUGAAGUAUGUGCCGGAAGUAGUCAACGAAAUUGGAUCUCGUCCUCCAGGUCUUCUAGUUGUUGGCAGGGCCGUCGGAGCUUUGAUAGACCCAAAACUUUUACAAUUCAACGAUAACUGCAAGUACUACAUCGAGGAAGGUUUAGAUUCCAGUGAGCCCCAACUAAAUCUUGCUGAGCUCCUACAAACUUGUUCAUAG